AUGGCCUUCCCUGUCCCGGUGAGGGCUGAGCUCAGCGAAGCUCUCAUCAAAGACCUACCACCUGCGGAGUAUCAGAUCCCAACUCCUCAGUUUUCUGUCUGGCAGCGUCUCCUAGGCCAGAAGCCUGACCAGCAUGUUGAAAAGAUAAAGUUCAUGCUCAACGGCGCUGCAGCAGGCAUGGGUCGGCACCCCACCCAGGAGGAAGUGAAUGCCUUGAGCGAAAUCACCUACAAAGAAUCCCGCACCGUGGCUUGGAUUAUGCCCAUUGCCUUUGCAGUUGGCGGAUAUAUGGCGUGGAAGGGACGAGCCACCUACAAAUUUCCUUUUUACCAGCCCAAAUUUACCAAAUUCAGCCCUGAAGUGUUUCCUAGCUUCAGGGCCCCGUUUAUCAACGGUCAAUAUGCCAACAUCACUUGGCAUAAUGUCCGUUUCAUAUCCUACGGUAUUGUCACCGGACUUCUUGCCGCUCCACUCUUAGGUUCAUACGCGACCAGCGUCGCCAUCUCUACAGCCGCUCGUGACGACCGUCUCAGCCAGUUCCGCAAAGAUUUGAAACCGGGAAGGUUGAUCAACCUUACUGCAGACCAAAUGCCGCUUUCUGCUCUCCGGGCGCAACGAGAUCAGGUCACCCGUGCUAUGCGGGAGAUAGAGGACAAUCUCGCAACGCAAAGAUAUUUAGCAGAACAGAAAGGCACUUCAGACAAAGCCUACGAGACUCGACCAGAUUUUCAACGUGCGGAGGCGAAAUUACAGGAAUAUCGCAUAAUUUUCAAACAGCUUGACGAGGCAAUCGCCAGAAGAAACGGCGAGCCAACGAGAAUUGACGAAACAACGCAGAACCAGGAUUACACGGCCCUCAGUGCAUCGGACUCGACAGAUGGCCAGGAAACAUACUCCAGCACUCGACCUGAUUACAGAGCACCGCGAGAGAUCCCGGCCUCAGAGAGUCGGCCAGGGUGGGGCCAGCAAAGUUCCGCCUCCCAGCAAGGCUGGGGCAAGGCUGAUUCGGACGGUUUGGAUUCCGACGACGCGUCGCCGGUUGCUCCGGCUGCAAGACCAGCGGCUCAGUCAUCGUCCACCGGUGGGGUUUCAGCCUGGGAUCGCUUGCGCCAAGCUUCAAAGAGCCCGCAAAAGCCAUCUGGCAACGCGUGGCAGGGUCAGCAGGGUCAGUCUGAAGACGCCGGAGCAUCAGAGAAGGACAGGGCUCAAAAAGAAUUUGACGAAAUGCUUGAGCGAGAGCGACAGAGCGAGGAGUCUCAGGGAGGUGGCAGGAAUCGCCGUUGGUGA